AUGUGUACAUCCAGAUUCCAUUCUGCACAGUUAAUGUGUACAUCCAGAUUCCAUUCUGCACAGUUAAUGUGUACAUCCAGAUUCCAUUCUGCACAGUUAAUGUGUACAUCCAGAUUCCAUUCAGCACAGUUAAUGUGUACAUCCAGAUUCCAUUCUGCACAGUUAAUGUGUAAAUCCAGAUUCCACUCAGCACAGUUAAUGUGUACAUCCAGAUUCCAUUCUGUACAGUUAAUGUGUACAUCCAGAUUCCAUUCUGCACAGUUAAUGUGUACAUCCAGAUUCCAUUCAGCACAGUUAAUGUGUACAUCCAGAUUCCAUUCAGCACAGUUAAUGUGUACAUCCAGAUUCCAUUCAGCACAAUUAAUGUGUACAUCCAGAUUCCAUUCAGCACAGUUAAUGUGUACAUCUAGAUUCCAUUCAGCUGAUGCAUAUGUGCACAUCCUUACAUUUUUGUUAGAAAGAGAAAAAAAAAAAAGAAUGCAAAAACCUGUACUAAUGCCAAAGUUUAAAAUUUCACAAGUGGAGGUUUAA